AUGGCUGUGCUAUCCCGAUAUCAAAAUCAACACAUUGGUCGAAAACUACUACAGACAUUUAUUGACUUUGCACGUAAACAAGACUAUCAAGCUAUCCAUUUAACAACAGGUAUUGUUAUGAAAAAAGCUUGUAGUUUUUAUGAACGAUGCGGUUUUAAACGUGAUCAAAUUUUUCGUUAUACUAUAGACUUUAACGAAUUAAUUAGUAAAGAUAAGAAGAAUAUUGCUGUUGACAGCAAGAAGACAGAUAAGAUGACGGCAUUCUUCGGUACACCAGUCGUGUUCAAUACUCUGAAUGAUUUAACUGAUGAUAAUUGGGAACAAAUUAAUCAACCGAAGAUGAUAUUACAAAUGAAAUGA